CUGAUUCAUGGGAACACCAUAAGGUUGAAAUGGACUUUGAAAUAGGUUUCACAAGCUUGGAAAGACUUGAUUCUUCAAGUGGCAAAAAGGAUUUACAUUCUGAAGCACAAUUAAAAAUACGUGCUACAUACCUUGAAAUAUUAAAUAAUGAAUUAUUUAAUGAUAAUGAUGACAAUGAUUCUACUAAAAAAUCAAAAAACA